CAGCUCUUUGAAAUCGUAUGCACGGACUGUUUGAUCCAGUAGCAAGGGUGUAUUGUUGUCGUGGACUGUGUGACAAGUUUAUGUCCUACAGAAAUGGCCGGAAUUAAAGCUCUGAUCAGCCUGUCCUUUGGUGGGGCCAUUGGACUCAUGUUCCUGAUGCUAGGAUGUGCCCUUCCAGUGUAURAUAAAUACUGGCCCUUGUUCCUCCUCUUCUUCUACAUCCUCGCCCCAAUCCCUUACGGCAUUUCCCGGAGAAUUGUUGACGACACAGACUCGGCAAGCAACGCCUGCAAAGAGCUGGCUUUAUUUCUCACAACAGGCAUAGUGGUUUCAGCUUUCGGCCUGCCAAUCAUUUUCGCCAGAGCCGAUGUUAUUGCCUGGGGAGCAUGUGCGCUUGUGUUAACAGGCAAUGUAGUGAUCUUCGCAACCAUUCUGGGAUUCUUCUUGGUCUUCGGAUCAAACGACGACUUUAGUUGGCAGCAGUGGUAAAAUUGGGAGCGUGAGGUGGGGGACUAAGUCUGAACUGUUUAUAUUACUAGAAUUGUUAUUAUUAUUGUCAUUAUGAUUACUAUUAUUGUUGUUUGUUGUAUAUUUAUGACCUCCCAUCCAUAGACACAUUAAACCAGUGCAAUAAUUUGAUUUAACUGUCAUGUGGCACGUCAGACUGA